AUGGAGUCUUUCAAGGAGUUCACUGCCAACCAGAUACCAGUCAAUCCUGACGAGACACCACGAGAACAAAAUGCAGACCGGUCAGGUGAAGAUAUCAAGCAAGGGGAGUCGGAGAAUGGAUCAAUUUCCCAGCAAGAUGUCACCGUCAACGAUCACUCCAAGCCGCUGAAAGUUGAUUCAGAAGAAUCCGACAAUAAAGAGAAAGUUGUGCCACAGAUGUAUCCUUUGUUGUCGAAUAAUCCGCCCGAGUCUCCUCCAUUGGCACCGGGAAACCGAGAAUCAGAAGACGAUGAAGAGGAGCUCAAUCUCUCCAAGUCCUUUAAUCGGGCCGCAAGCCCCUCUCCAGCAAGGUUACAGCGCAACAGGGGAACCUUGGUGAGUAAAGUCGGGGAAGAAGGCGUCAUCAAAAUGCACAAGUUCACUCUCCAUGAGACCGCAAACUACUACUACAUUGUCGGCUCAGACCUGCUGGACUCCGCGUUUCGCAUCUUGAAAAUCGACCGGACGUCCGAACCGGGGGAACUGAACAUCACCGAAGAUGACAUUGUCUACACAAAGAAAGAAACGCAGCAAAUUCUCCAUGCGAUCGACGAAGGGAAUCGAGCCACAGGCGGACUCAAGACCAAGACCAGCUUCUGGGGUCUACUCGGUUUCAUCCGCUUUACAGCUCAGUACUACAUGAUCUAUGUGACCAAGCGAAGUCAAGUGGCCAUGAUAGGCGGUCAUUACAUCUACCAAAUUGACAAGACAGAAUUGAUGCCGCUGGUGACGCCAGCCUCCACACGGGCAAAGACCGAUAGACAGCUGGAAGAAGCUCGAUUCAUCGGUAUCCUAAACAAUCUCGACCUGACCAGGUCGUUCUACUUCAGCUACUCGUACGAUGUCACCCGGACCUUACAACACAAUAUCAUGCGCGAACGUGGAGCAUUACAAGAAGGUCUCGCUGAGCCUCGCAAAUGCGACCACAAUGACAUGUUUGUCUGGAACCAUCAUCUCCUCGAGCCUGCGAAGCAAGUACUCAGAAAUCCUUUUGACUGGUGUCUGUCAAUCGUACAUGGCUAUGUCGACCAAAGCGCUCUAUCAGUUUACUGGGGAAGAGUGGUCUACGUGACAAUCAUUGCACGACGGUCACGUUUCUUUGCCGGCGCCAGAUUCUUGAAGCGCGGCGCGAAUGAUCUCGGAUACGUAGCUAACGACGUCGAAACCGAACAAAUCGUCUCCGAAAUGCUGACGACUUCAUUUCAUGCCCCUGGCCCGACCCUGUUCGCCAACAACAAGUACACUUCAUACGUCCAACACCGAGGCAGCAUUCCACUACACUGGACACAAGACAGCACUGGAGUCUCACCCAAGCCCGAUAUCCAUCUUAACGUGGUGGACCCAUUUUUCAGCGCUGCAGCCCUUCAUUUCGACAAUCUCUUCAAACGGUACGGAACUCCCAUCUACGUGCUCAACCUGAUCAAAUCACGGGAACGGACUCCACGAGAAUCCAAGCUGCUCAAAGAAUACACCCUCGCCGUCAACUAUCUGAAUCAAUUCCUGCCCAAGGACAAACAAAUCCUCUAUCAUGCUUGGGACAUGAGCCGAGCAUCCAAAAGCCGCGAUCAAGACGUCAUCGGGAGUCUCGAAGCCAUUGCAGAAGACAUCUUGCCAAAGACAGGGUUUUUUCAAAACGGCAACGACGAAGAAUCGGGCCUCAAACUUCAAAGCGGCGUGGCACGGACAAACUGUAUCGACUGCCUGGACCGGACCAACGCAGCGCAAUUCGUCAUCGCAAAGAAAGCAUUGGGCUACCAACUGCAGGCCCUCGGAGUGAUCGAAGAGCCGUCCGUCGAAUAUGAUUCGGACGCGGUGAACCUGUUCACGCACAUGUGGCAUGACCACGGUGACACGAUCGCAGUGCAAUACGGCGGUUCGCACCUCGUCAACACGAUGGCAACAUACCGCAAAAUCAACCAAUGGACCAGCCACUCGCGUGACAUGGUCGAGAGCUUCAAGCGCUACUACAACAAUUCCUUUAUGGACGCACAACGACAGGAGGCGUACAAUUUGUUUCUCGGCAACUACGUCUUUGCCCAAGGCCAGCCGAUGCUCUGGGACUUGACGACGGAUUAUUACCUGCACCACUCGGACCCCCGGUCCAUGUUUGGCAAACGUCGUCCUAGCUAUCGGCAAUGGUACACACCGGAAUAUCUUGAGUUGCCAGAGAUGCCGCCGUCGAUUUGGCCGCGUGAACUCCGCGAGCGACCGCUCAGCUACUUCGACGACUUCUGGGUCGAAUAUUAUCGGCCUUUGGCCAUUUCAUCAUUUAAAAAGCUCUUCUCCUUCAAAAUGCAUUCAAACCUGCGCUAUAUCCCGAUCAGCUCCACGUCGGCGGGGAAAUAUGAUCUGUCCCCGUUCAAAGUACGAACGGCUAACGAGAGCGAUGGCGAAGGUCAGGACAGCAAGUCCCAUCGGAAAGGCGUGAAAAUCGUCGCUCCGUCCGACGACACGGCGUCAGAUCGUGGCGUUGGCGCUGAUACCGCGUCCUCCAUCGACGCAUCGGGCGCACUCAACACCUCGACACCCAACUCCGGCGUCGAACUCACGCCCAAACCUAGCACGUUGGGUCCCUGGCUCGACGCACAGCAACAACUCCACAACACACUCCAGCGCCGACAGUACACAGGGAUCAUCAAAGAGGCAUCCUUUGAAGCCCAGUCGCCAGCCAUACCGAAAAUCCCUAAACUCCCCACCACAACCACAAGCGACCUGACCAACAGCUCCCUCCUACUCGGUCCGCCGACAAAAGCAGAACUAGCCCUGCAAGCCUUCACGUCACUGAUCUCCAAAUCUCUCGACCCGCAAGUGCGCCAGGCCGACGAGUACCAACGCUACGUCGCCCACCCGUCGACGAUCCCACUGGUUGUAUCGUCCGAGAUCGACCCCGCCACUGCACCGCUCGAGUUCCUCGAAUACCUGUCCAAGACGACCAGCGACCCGGCUGAUCACAAGGUGCUGCAACACUACGAUGACGAGCGCGGCGCCGUGAGUCUGACGCUCGAGGAGCGCGCAGAGGCAAAUCUCGACGAGUACACGGAGUACCUGGCCAGUGGGGCUGUGGAAGAUCCGUUGACUGUGCUCGAGGAAGAUGGGGGCAAGAAGCGAUAUAAGGCGUAUAGGAAGUGGUUGAAGGGGAAAAGUCUAUUUAAGCAGCGGCCGGUCGUCGGGGAGGAUGUGGAUGGUACUGGUUGA